AUGCAUUUGUUCAUGGUCGAUAUUUGGUUUACAUCUAGGAAUGUUAUAUCUAAGAUAUCCAAAAUUCCAAAUACUAGUGCACUUCCCCAGAGAGGUGGUGAAGUGAAUCUUACGUUGGGAGGUAUUGACUUGAAUAAUUCUGGGAGUGUUGUUGUCAGAGAAGAUAAAAAGCUGUUGACUGUACUGUUUCCCGAUGGGCGUGAUGGGAGAGCAUUUACACUUAAGGCGGAGUCAUCAGAGGACUUAUAUGAGUGGAAGACAGCCCUAGAACAUGCUCUUGCACAAGCACCAAGUGCCGCUCUUGUGAUGGGACACAACGGGAUUUUUCGAAAUGACACUAGUGAUACAAUUGAAGGGUCUUUCCAUCAAUGGAGGGAUAAACGCCAUGUCAAAUCUUUGGUGGUAGGACGGCCAAUUUUGCUAGCACUAGAAGAUAUAGAUGGAGGCCCAUCCUUCCUUGAGAAAGCUCUUAGGUUUCUUGAGAAGUAUGGAACUAAAGUAGAAGGAAUAUUGCGACAAUCUGCUGAUGUCGAGGAGGUAGACCACAGAGUUAAAGAAUAUGAACAAGGCAAAACUGAAUUUGGUCCCGAUGAGGAUGCUCAUGUGGUUGGUGACUGUGUUAAGCAUGUUCUUAGGGAGCUACCCUCGUCUCCUGUUCCUGCUUCUUGCUGCACUGCGUUGUUGGAAGCCUAUAAAAUUGAUCGGAAGGAAGCAAGGGUCAAUGCUAUGCAGUCUGCAAUUGUGGAGACAUUUCCUGAACCAAACAGGCGUUUAUUACAGAGAAUCCUGAAGAUGAUGCACACAAUUUGUUUGCAUGCUUCUGAGAACCGGAUGACUCCAUCUGCUGUUGCUGCUUGUAUGGCACCAUUGCUUUUACGCCCUCUUUUAGCUGGUGAAUGUGAAAUGGAGGAUGAUUUUGAUGUAAAUGGUGAUAAUUCUGCCCAGCUUCUUGCUGCUGCAAAUGCUGCUAAUAAUGCUCAAGCCAUUGUUACCACACUCUUGGAGGAGUAUGAGAACUUUUUUGAUGAUGCUAGUCUACAUAGGUGCUCCAUUUCAGCUGAUUCUCGGAUUGAAAACAGUGGGAGUGAAGAUUCAUCUGAUGAUGAAAAUCCGGACGGUAAAGAUAAUGGUUACCAUGAUGCAGAAAAUGAAGUCGGCCCAGAAACUGAUGAUGACCCUGAUCGUGUAUUCAGUGGAAAAUUCAGCGAAAGCAGUGGUUCUGCUGGAACUGAUCUUUAUGACUAUAAGGCUUUUGAACGUGAUGAUUCAGAUGCUGGGUCCCCCAGGAAUAAUCUCACUUCAGCGGCCAAAUCCAACAUGCUUGUAGAUUCUGAACCGCUGAGAGAUUCUACAAUUCAAUUCAAUGAGCAAAAAGGCCGAUCGCAUAUGGCAAGUGAAAAUGAAAUGGAUGCUGCUAACAUUUUUCCUGGUAGUGAUUCUCAUCGAUCAAUGGGGGAGAUACUGUCUUCUAUGGAGCAAGGGCUGCCUCAAUCUGCUGCUGGACCUGAAUCAAGUGUUGAGAAGCCAGUGAGCAAACUUACAAGCUCCAAUCUCAAUGUUAAACGUUCCACAUUUUGGGGAAGAAGCUCCGCAAGAAAGACACCUUCAACAGAAUCGAUUGAUUCUUCUGGAGAGGAAGAACUUGCUAUUCAGAGGCUUGAGAUUACAAAAAAUGACUUACGCAACAGGAUUGCAAAGGAGGCUAGGGGAAAUGCGAUUUUGCAGGCUAGCUUGGAGAGAAGGAAGCAAGCUUUGCAUGAGCGUCGCUUGGCUCUUGAGCAAGAUGUCUCAAGACUGCAAGAGCAACUGCAAGCUGAGAGAGAUCUUAGAGCUGCAUUGGAGGUUGGACUGAGCAUGUCUUCUGGACAGUUUUCCAGCUCCCGUGAUAUGGAUUCCAAGACAAGGGCCGAGCUUGAGGAGAUUGCUCUUGCUGAAGCAGAUGUGGCACGAUUAAAACAGAAAGUUGCCGAACUCCACCAUCAACUCAAUCAGCAGCGUCAACAUCACUAUGGCUCCCUUUCUGAUGCUUGCGAUCGUUAUCAACAUGUCCAAAAUCAUAAUUCUCAACAGAAAUUUUUUCAGCAAGAUUUUGAUACAACUCUUGCUGUUGUUAACCAUGAAAGGAAACAAAGAACUGAGUUUGUAUCCCACUACAUUGGUGCCAUGAAACAUGGGAUCAGAGAGGAUCAGGAGAGUUUUAAAGGACAAUUAUUAGCAUCUGGCAGCAGUAGUCGGCAGCCUGGCCGGAAGCAAUUUGUAGAUGCAACAAGCUUGAGUAACUCCAAAAGUACUGAGGCAUCCACAAGCAUAUCUGUUGAUGAUCUUUGUUCUGUUGAUUCAGCCUUCAUGCCUUCCACUUCAACGGCAGCUGAUGUGAUGGAUUAUCCUAAACAUCCCUCAGUUUCAUCUUCCACUUUGGUAGAAUUAACAACUCGUCUUGACUUCUUCAAGGAACGCCGCUCUCAACUGAUGGAACAACUCCACAGUCUCGAUCUAAACUAUGGGACAGCACCUUCACAAGAUUUUGUGUAUAAAGCGUCAUCACCCUCAUGGAACUGA